CGGCCGCGGUGGCGGCAGCUCGGGGUGGGGCGGCGCCUGUAGCUUCCCGCCCGUCGCUGGCGCUAGGCCCCUCGGCUCUCCUCCGCCCGCUCCUCCUCACGGCCCUGGCUGGGUCCCGGCAGCGCGCCCCCGGGGAGGGCGGAGCCGUAGGUGGAGGAGUUACUGAUGGCCAUGGAGAAGGUAAAACAGGAGCUGGAGUCCAUGAAGGCGAAGCUGUCCUGCACUCAGCAGUCACUGGCAGAGAAGGAAACUCAUUUGACCAACCUUCGGGCCGAGAGAAGAAAACACUUAGAGGAAGUUCUGGAGAUGAACACAUGCAAAUGACAGUCCAGGCUCUCCAGGAUGAAUUGCGGAUCCAGAGGGACCUGAACCAGCUGUUUCAACAGGAUAGUAACAGUAGGACUGGUGAGCCUUGCGUGGCAGAGCUGACGGAGGAGAACUUUCAGAGGCUGCACACUGAGCAUGAGCGGCAGGCCCAGGAGCUGUUCCUCCUUCGAAAGACUCUGGAAGAGAUGGAGCUGCGGAUUGAGACUCAGAAGCAAACCCUGAGCGCUCGGGACGAAUCCAUCAAGAAGCUUCUGGAGAUGUUGCAGAGCAAGGGGCUUUCUGCUAAGGCUACUGAGGAAGACCGUGAGAGAACGAGACUGGCAGAGGCAGAGAUGCACGUCCACCACCUCGAAAGCCUUUUGGAGCAGAAGGAAAAAGAGAACGCUCUGUUGAGAGAGGAGAUGCAUCGGAGAUUUGAGAAUGCCCCCGAUUCUGCCAAAACUAAAGCUCUGCAAACUGUUAUCGAGAGGAAGGAUUCAAAAAUUUCCUCUAUGGAGCGUGGGCUCCGAGACUUGGAAGAGGAGAUUCAGAUGCUGAAAUCGAACGGGGCUUUGAGUACUGAAGAACGAGAGGAAGAAAUGAAGCAGAUGGAGGUCUAUCGGAGCCAUUCUACAUUUAUGGAAAACAAGAAAAUGAUUGGUCAGGUGAAGCAGGAGCUGUCCAGAAAGGACACAGAACUACUAGCCCUACAGACAAAGCUAGAAACACUCACCAACCAGUUCUCAGACAGCAAGCAACACAUUGAAGUGCUGAAGGAGUCCUUGACUGCUAAGGAGUCGAGGGCUGCCAUCCUGCAGACCGAGGUGGAUGCUCUGCGGUUGCGUUUGGAAGAGAAGGAAACCAUGCUGAAUAAGAAGACAAAACAAAUCCAGGACGUGGCUGAGGAGAAGGGGACACACGCUGGAGAGAUCCAUGACCUCAAGGACAUGCUGGAUGUGAAGGAGCGGAAAGUUAAUGUCCUUCAGAAGAAGAUUGAAAAUCUCCAAGAGCAACUUAGAGAUAAGGAAAAGCAGAUGAGCAGCUUGAAGGAGCGAGUCAAAUCCUUGCAGGCUGACACCACCAACACUGACACCGCCUUGACUACUUUGGAGGAGGCCCUUGCCGAGAAGGAGCGGACAGUCGAACGCUUAAAGGACCAGCGGGACCGAGAUGAGCGAGAAAAGCAGGAGGAAAUUGAUAACUACAAAAAAGAUCUUAAAGACCUGAAAGAAAAAGUCAGCCUAUUGCAAGGCGACCUCUCAGAGAAAGAGGCUUCACUCUUGGAUCUGAAAGAGCAUGCUUCUUCCCUGGCUUCCGCAGGACUGAAAAAGGACUCACGGCUUAAGACACUAGAAAUUGCUUUGGAGCAGAAGAAGGAAGAGUGUCUGAAGAUGGACUCGCAGUUGAAAAAGGCACACGAGGCAGCACUGGAAGCCAGAGCCAGUCCAGAGAUGAGUGAUUGAAUACAGCAAUUGGAGAGAGAGAUUGCCAGGUACAGAGAUGACUCUAGCAAGGCCCAGGCAGAAGUUGACCGCCUCUUGGAAAUCUUGAAGGAGGUGGAAAAUGAGAAGAAUGACAAAGAUAAGAAGAUUGCUGAGUUGGAAAGAGACAUUCUGGCUGUUAUAGGGAAGAUUAACCAAGAUGGCGGAGUAGAAGGACGUGCUCUCACUCCCUCUUCGAGAGCACCAGAAUCACAACUGGCUGCUGGACAAUCAUCGACAGGAAGACACUGGAACUCACCAAAAGAUACCCCACAUCCAAAGACAAAGGAGAAGCCACAAUGAGACGGUAGGAGGGGCGCAAUCACAAUAAAAUCAAAUCCCAUAACUGCUGGGUGGGUGACUCACAGACCGGCGAGCACUUAUACCACAGAAGUCCACCCACUGGAGUGGAGGUUCUGAGCCCCACGUCAGGCUUCCCAACCUGGGGGUCCGGCAACGGGAGGAGGAAUUCAUAGAGAAUCAGACUUUGAAGCCUGGUGGGAAUUGAUUGCAGGACUUCGACAGGACUGGGGGAAACAGAGACCCCACUCUUGGAGGGCACACACGGAAUAGUGUGCACAUCGGGUCCCGGGGGAAGGAGCAGUGACCCUGGGGGAGACUGAACCAGACCUACCUGCUAGUGUUGGAGGAUCUCCUGCAGAGGCAGGGGGUGGCUCUGUUUCACCGUGGGGAUGGUGAUGCUGGCAGCGGAAGUUCUGGGAAGUACUCCUUGGCGUGAGCCCUCCCAGAGUCUGCCAUUAGCCCCACCAAAGAGCCCAGGUAGGCUCCAGUGUUGGGUUGCCUCAGGCAAAACAACCAACAGGGAGGGAACCCAGCCCCACCCAUCAACAGUCAAGUGGAUUAAAGUUUUACUGAGCUCUGACCACCACAGCAACAGUCAGCUCUACCCACCAUCAGAGCCUCCCAUCAAGCCUCUUAGAUAGCCUCAACCACCAGAGGGCAGACAGCAGAAGCAAGAAAAACUACAAUCCUGCAGCCUGUGGAACAAAAACCACAUUUACAGAAAGAUAGACAAGAUGAAAAGGCAGAGGGCUAUAUACCAGAUGAAGGAACAAGAAAAAACCCCAGAAAAACAGCUAAAUGAAGUGGAGAUAGGCAACCUUCCAGAAAAAGAAUUCAGAAUAAUGAUAGUGAAGAUGAUCCAGGACCUUGGAAUAAGAAUGGAGGCAAAGAUUGAGAAGAUGCAAGAAAUGAUUAACAAAGACCUAGAAGAAUUAAAGAACAAACAAACAGAGAUGACCAAUACAGUAACUGAAAUGAAAACUACACUAGAAGGAAUCAAUAGCAGAAUAACGGAGGCAGAAGAACGGAUAGUGACCUGGAAGACAGAAUGGUGGAAUUCACUGCUGUGGAACAGACUAAAGAAAAAAGAAUGAAAAGAAAUGAAGACAGCCUAAGAGACCUCUGGGACAACAUUAAACGCAACAACAUUCGCAUUAUAGGGGUCCCAGAAGGAGAAGAGAGAGAGAAAGGACCAGAGAAAAUAUUUGAAGAGAUUAUAGUCAAAAAAAUAUUUUUUAUCAUGUUAAAAAGAAGUGCUUUAUAACUAAUGUUUUGAACUUUGAUGAGUAAUGAAUAUUUAAUCUUUAUCAGAUGCCACCUUGGCUUGCAAAGAUUAAUUAUGCUUAUCAUGUUAAUAAACACAGUGUAUUUUCUUUUGUUUGUGAAGAGUAAAGCUUGGUUUAAACUAGAAGUUUCGUUUUUGCCUUUUGUUAUUCAGUGACUGCCGGUUAUGGUGUUAAGUUCAUUGGUGACCUCACUCUUUC